AUGGCCGCUGGAAGGCUAAUCAUAAAGACUGAAGUUUUGCCUACAAAAUAUCGAGGCUAUAUGCUCCCCUUGUCUCAGGUUUUCUGGCGAGCCGGCUCCCUGCUCAUCAGCCUGGCUUCCGUGGUCAUCCCCACCAUCGGGUGGCGCUGGCUCAUCUGCAUUGCCUCCAUCCCUGGCAUCAUCCUCAUCAUGGCCUUCAUGUUUAUUCCUGAAUCUGCUUGGUUCAGUGUCUCUACCAGGAACACUCAGGCUGCCCUGGUUACACUGGAGCGCAUCGCCAAGAUGAACCGCUCAGUCAUGCCGGAGGGGAAGCUCGUGGAGCCCAUCCUGGAAAAAAGAGGAAGAUUUACAGACCUAUUGGAUGCUAAAUAUUUAUGGACCACAUUACAGAUCUGGGUCAUAUGGCUGGGCAUCUCUUUCGCCUACGACGGGGUCAUGCUGGCCAGUGCAGAGCUGCCGGAGCGGGACCUGGCCUGUGGCUCGCGGUCGGAGUCUGAGGCGGUGGUGACCGUAGGGGUCUCGGAGGAGAGCCAGAGCCCCUGCCGCUGCCAGGUGUCCGACUACCAGACCAUGAUUAUCAGCACUAUUGGCGAAACUGCUUUGAAUCCUUUAACUAUCCUGGGCAUUAAUUUCCUGGGAAGACGGCUGAGCCUUUCUAUUACCGUGGGAUGCACAGCUUUGUUCGUCCUUCUCCUCAAUAUUUGCACUUCAAGUGCCGGCCUCAUCGGCUUCCUCUUCAUGCUGAGGGCUUUGGUGGCGUCCAACUUCAACAGCAUCUAUAUUUACACCGCUGAGGUCUACCCCACCACGAUGCGCGCCUUGGGGAUGGGGACCGGCGGCUCGUGUCGCAUUGGUGCAGUGGUGACGCCAUUUAUGUCCCAGGUUCUCAUGAGUGCAUCAUUUCUGGGAGCUUGUCUUUUCUCAUCUGUCUGCGUUGUGUGUGCCAUUUCUGCAUUUACUCUCCCUACUGAGACCAAAGGACGGGCCCUACAGGUAAGUGAUGCAGGACUCUCUUAAGCAUUCUCAACUAACACCUUUUGACUAAAGGAAAUAAGCUUGGAGUAUGGAAAUUCUUUUAAGCAGACGAUGAUACCCAAGUCUGUGCUAACACAAUGGUACAUCUGUUUAGCAGGUUCCAGUAGAAAAAAUGGGUAUCCACUGUUCCUGCAUAUAACUUUGAGCAGCAAACCGAUUAUUCAUUUCAAACCUUUCCUUCUUGUAAAAGUUGACUAAGAUGAAUGAUAUUAUCGACACCUCAGCUUUCUACCCUUCACUUUUCUGUUUGGAAGCAUUGCUGCUGAGCUAAAUGUGGCCAGAGGAUCAGAAACAGCUAUUUGCAUUGCCCUUAGGAUCACAGGGUCAUUACUGUUGGUCCAGCCACCUUUCCCCCAAUUUUGUCAGCUGCCUGUGGUAAGACUGGAGGCAAAAACUUCUGUGCUGCCCCAGUUGUCAUCCAAUACUAACAGACACAAAGUGCAUAAAAAAGGAUAUCCCAAAAGUAUAAGGUAUGCUCCCGGGGGCAAAGUUGUAUCAGAGAUGGCCUCUCCUAGCCCCCUUAAGGUUGGCUCCAUCUCAAAGUGCAGCUGGUGGCUCUGUUGUUUCCCUGCCUUAAAUGUAAAGCUUGUUGCUGGUAUGCAAGGGUGUGUGUGUGUGCGCGCGUGCACACGCCCACAGGGAAAGGGGGAGAACAGCUGGGGUUAGCUGUACAGGGGUGACCACUGAACAGCAGGGGGGUUAGAAGCACCAACCCUCCAGGCUGUCAAAAAUGCCAGCAUAACUUAUAGGCAGCCUUUGGUAUCCAGUUACUCGCAUUUGUGGAUUCAACCAACCAUGGAUCGUGGAUUGUACAGUACUAGAGUAUUUACAACUGGAAAAAAAUCCAUGUAAACGUGGACCCGCACAAUUCAAACCCACGUUAUUCAAGGGUUAACUGUGUCUGAUCUGAGCUGCCACAUCUAAAUGGGACUAUGAAGUCAUCGUGCUCCUUUGGCUGAAUGUGGCUUGCCUUCUCUCCCAUAUCCUAUUUAUAGUGAACCAUGGACACUUGUUAAUGUCUGUGAGUAGUUGGAAAGUAUUUUUGAGUAAAGGGGGCGGAGGGAGCAAAACUAAAAAAAACCCCUAUUUACACUAGUCUUAAUGUUUUUUGCUUGCCCUAGAUCCAAAAUGUGUUAUUCCAUUUUCCCCCUAACUUUUUUUUUUUUUUGCGGUACGCGGGCCUCUCACUGCCGUGGCCUCU